GUGGGGGUCUAUUUGAGUGGUCUUUUCUCCAAAAUGCCCAAAACCACAGGAAAACAUUAGCCAGAAAAGUGAGCAAUGUUUGAAGUUCUAUUCUUGGUAUCUUUUUUCCUAAGAACAAGUUACAUACGUCAUUCUUCCCCCUAGAGGCCUGUAAAAACGUAUUUCCCGACAGAAACAUACCACCUACAGCCGCCGCUAUUGGGCUGCACAGAUACCGCGAUCUCCACGGGGUGAAGCCAGGCAGGGGGCGGGGCUUAGCGUGACAUUUGCGACUUUGCUUAGGCAGGCGUCACUUGCAACACCAUUGGCCGUCCGGGCGCAAACGGACCGGGGUGAGGAGCAGGAGAUUCGAACGCGCGAGGCCCAGCGCUGCACCGGCGCGGCUCCCCGAGAAGCCAGGACCGCGGCCUCCCCGCGGCGCCCCACGAGCUCCCACGACUCGCCCGCGUCGCGCCGGCCUGCGCCCCGCCCGCCCGCAGCCCGCCUCUGCUGGCGUCCAGACCUGUCACCGCGUGCAGGACACGGCUCCCCAUGCCCUCCGCCAGGCCCCGGGAGCAAAGCGCGCAGCGCGUCGACGUGAUGGGCAGCCGGCUCCGCAGCCCCAGCGCCUACCCUGCGCCCUGGUGGGGACCGCAGCCCGGAGGACCCGGCCCCGCCAAGCGCCGCCGGUGGGAGGAGCCCGCGGGCCCCGAGGCCCAGCCGGCACCCAGCCUCCAAGACCUGGCGGGGCCCCCGGCCCCGGCCGCGCUCACUUCCGUCGUGGUCCUGGCCGCGGGCUGCGCCCUGCAGCUGCCCCUGGACCACGUCGACCUGCUGCUGGAGCCCGAGCCAACGUCGGUCCUGCAAGUGUCUCUCGGAGAUCACACCCUCGUGCUGGUCCCCCAGGCCCUCCUGGACGCCGGCGACCAACGCUCCGGAGGCCAGGCCCACUCGCCCUUCGGCCUGGAACCGGCCGCUUUCCCGGGCGCUCCCGGGGACGCCGCCGCCGUCGAGCAGGGAUUGUUCUGCGCAUCUGUCCCGGAGGUCGCCGCCCAAGUCGAGGCCUACGACGAGGACGCCGACCCUGAGUUCCCGCCGUCUUGGGCGGCCCCUGCAGCCGGCUCAGUCGCUGGGCUCCGCCCCUCGGCUGGAAGGGAGUCCGGCCCCUCCCCGCACGGCCGCGUCCCAGAGCCCUCGCCCUGGGCCCCCACCCCUAGUCCAGAGAGACGCUCUCCUGGCCCCUACUACCACCUGGACUUCCACCUUCUGGAGCCCUUUCCCACCUCGCCCCUCCAACCUCUGCCUCCCUCUCCGAGUCCAGGUCCCCACGCGCGCCCCCCGCGCCCUAUUGGUCCUCCGCGCAAGGCCCGGAGACGCCUCUUCCAGGAAUGAACUGCCCUCACACACACACGCACACGCACACACAACUCUGGCUACCCCCUGGGGUUCCUAUGGGAUUCCCAGAGUCCUUUACACUGAAUAUCCAUCAACCUGGCUAUUGAGUACCUCAUGUGCAAACAAUUGCUU